UGUUUCUGCUGCUGUCGACAGAUUCCUGAAUCUGGAUCAGACCACGUCCUGUUUCUAGUUCUGCUGCUUCUGUGACGGAGUGAGGACAUGAGGACAUGAGAACAUGCGGACAUGAGGCCAUUCAGGUGUGUGGUCUGAGCUGAGUCCACAUUAGGUCCAGCAGGACGGUGUCGUUCAGGAUGUCUGGUAAUUGGUCCAUCCUGAGAUUGUCAUCAAUGGCUCCACCCAGCAGUGGAAUAGCUCCACCCCCUCCCAACACCUCGCAGUAUACCCCGCUCUCAGACUGGGAGGCUCCCACUUUCACUCUGGCUGCUCAGUUCCGUGUCGGCGCCACCUUGCUCCUCUUCCUGUUUGCAGCCUGCAGUAAUCUGGCCCUAUUGGCCAGCGUGUGGUGUGGGCGGGGCCGGCGGCUGGCGUCUCAUUUGCGGCCUCUGAUGCUAAGCCUGGCAUCGGCUGACCUGAUGAUGACGUUUGUGGUGAUGCCUCUGGAUGCAGCAUGGAAUGUGACGGUGCAGUGGUUCGGAGGAGACGCGCUCUGUAAACUGCUCUGCUUCCUGAAGCUGUUUGCCAUGUAUAGCUCCGCCUUCAUCCUGGUGGUCAUCAGCCUGGACCGCCAGCACGCCAUCCUGCACCCGCUGGAUGCUCUGAGUGCUCGCCACAGGAACCGACGCAUGCUCCUGCUGGCCUGGAGCCUCAGUCUGCUGCUGGCAUCACCGCAGCUGUUUGUCUUCAGGACUGUCUCUGUGGACGAUGUGGACUUCACUCAGUGUGCGUCUCACGGCAGUUUUGGCCGUCGCUGGCAGGAAACUCUUUAUAACAUGUUUCACUUCACGUCUCUGUACGUGCUCCCCCUGCUGGUGAUGAGCUGCUGCUACAGUCGGAUCUUGCUGCACAUUCACCGUCAGCACCUGAGGGAGACAGCUGGGGAGUCGUACCUGCGACGCAGCGGCACCGACAUCAUCCCGAAGGCUCGGAUGAAGACUUUGAAAAUGACGGUGGUCAUCGUGCUGUCAUUCAUUGUGUGCUGGACGCCGUAUUACCUGCUGGGGAUCUGGUACUGGUUCCAGCCCGACAUGCUGCGUGUCACGCCCGAGUACGUUCACCACGCCCUCUUCCUGUUUGGGAACCUGAACACCUGCUGUGACCCCGUCAUCUACGGCUUCUACACGCCGUCCUUCAGAGCCGACCUCGCUGCCUGCUGCCGCCACCACCGCCGCCGCACGACCAGCAGCGUCCACGCCUCGCCACCGCGUCCACACCGCCAGAGAGGGUCAGAGUCUGAGCCGGCCCCCAACAACCAGACCGGACACUGACCGACCAGAGGACACUGACCGACCAGAGGACAGGAAACAGUUCAGAGGACAGGACAUAGAUCAGAAGACAGGACACAGAUCAGAGAUCAUUUGAUUCUUCUCUAUCUACAGAUUCCUCUGCUGUGAUUGGCUGUGACUCUGUGAUCAAUAAUGUUAUUAAUGAAUGAAUGAAGAGUGGAGACAGUUUCUACUCAGUUUAUUUGGUUUCAUGUGUCGACAAAAUCACCUUCAACAUCACAGAUAUGAAAAAGACUGAAGUUCACUUCCUGUUUCACUUCCUGUUUCACUUCCUGUUUCAUUUCCUGUUUCACUUCCUGUUCUCUUUAAAGCUUUGAUGUGUUUUUGAGACACUCCUAUAAAUGCUAUGAGAAAAAUUAAAGCGUCACUUAUGUCA